GAGAUCAGUAAACUCGUAGACGAUGACUAUGCAGUGUUUCGUKUGGAAAUAACUCAAAGCCAGAAAGAAAACAGGKCAUUACGGAGRAAACUACAGCUACUGGAACUGAAGGCAGCACGGGAGCGCGCAGAGAGGACAGUGCGAGAGCGAUACAGAGGAAUGGCAAGAGGUGAAGGACAUCUCACUGGAGGCCACAGGAACGUUGUAAAGCCAUCGGGAAACAACGGGUGGAGAAAUKACCAACCCAUAGCUAUAGAUGAGGGGAGUGAACCCUCAACCCAGCAUGUUAUUGUGAUAGAGUCUGCAGAUGCAGAGGCUGCAGGUCCUGGGGUCAAGCAGGAGAGGUCUGAAGGACAGGAGGACGUAGGUCACUGCAGAGACAUCCAGACUGGAUCGCCCCCUGAAGCCACGGAGGACCUCGCUGCCGCCGCGCCCCAGCCCAGGACCCGACGCAGCAUCAUGGAGGUCAGUGGAACGCCGAACGCCGUCCUCAAGUCCGAGACAGACAACGAGACUUUAACUGUAACACACAGYCUCUUACACACAGGAUCUGACCACAGAUCAGACCCAGAGASACUUUGUCUGGGGAGACUGGGCUGUUCUCCUGCUCCUGGCUCAGAGUAUUUACCAGUAUUUCACCAGAGCCAGAAGACUGUUCAUUCCUGUGGAGAUGGUAAUGCGUUAGACACUGAAGUUGAUGAUCUGUCUUGUUCUUACACUACAGAGAUGGACCAUGGCAACAUAUCCUUGGGUUUAGAGAGACAGACUGAUCUGUCUAGAGGGGACUGGAACCAGUACAGUAGUAGUGUAUACUCUGAAGGGUGCCUAGAUAAGAAAGGGGAGGGUCUGGUUGUAGAUGACGUGACUGUGAAAGUUGAGAGUGAUGCUCUUCUGAUAUGGAAUGCAGACGAGACUCACUUAAGAGAAGGACACUCUCAGGGCAUCAGUAGUGACUUCUUAGACUACAGGGAAAGCUUAGAGACAAAUCUAAACGUCCCAACCCACUCCUCUUUACACGUGUUCAGGGAUCGCGACCCAGUGUCCACGUCGAUGGGGCCUUCCGAUUCACACAGCCACAUCCUUUUAGAUCAGGAAUUGAACUCAAACGACAGGGCUACAGACCAGACUGAGGGAGGGGGUGCAACAUCAGGCAAUAGUAAAGAGAAACGGUUCCUCUGCAUGUUCUGUAACAAAAGCUUCAGCUGCUCCCAGAAUGUGGAGAUCCACCAGAGGGUCCACACAGGGGAGAAACCCUUCAGCUGUACCCAGUGUCACAUGCGCUUCACCCAGGCUGGCACCCUGAAGAGGCACCAGAGGGUCCACACAGGGGAGAAACCCUUCAGCUGUACCCAGUGUCACAUGUGCUUCACCCAGGCUGGUCAUCUAAAGAGGCACCAGAGGGUCCACACGGGAGAGAAGCCGUUYGCCUGUACGCACUGCAGGAAGAGGUUCUCUGAGAGGAGAUGCCUCAGGAUACACCAGCAGAAAAACCAUUCCACUCUAUAACAUAGAAAGUGUUGGAUUCGGGGUUAAACUUGGAACAUUGUUAUACUCAGAAGUAUAGGAACAUUAGUUACAAAAGAGACAUGAGGGGUGCCAUAAUGAAGUUUGGGAGGGGCUGAGUGCAGGGAAAACAAUCGCAUGUGACAGUACUGGUAAGGGGAGAAACCGUUGAAGGCUMAUAUCACUUAGUUCCCUGCUUAGCAAGAAUGAUGCAAUGUUUUGAGAUAAGGAGGAGACUCCACCCAAAGUGGAGUACCACCACRGGGGAAGCCAUGACUGUGUCGGAAUUACAGCUGUAUCGACCCUUUGGGAAGAAUUAAACUUGGUUAARSUYCUCUAGUGUCCGUGAGUUAUUYACUCAAAAUUAGAACAUAACAAAAGUAACCAUUCCACUCGAUAGCUUCUGACAUUUAGAYCCUGCAUUCAAGGUAGACUCUGCGAGAUGACAUAGAUGUACAAAGUAAACAGCAGCAGUGGGUCAAUUUCCACAACAACUAAGGAGUGUUGAAGUGCAAGGCUCAGACAUUGUAGGAUAUAUAAGCCUAAAAAGUAUAUUGCAUAGUGUUUGUACUGUGUAGGCCAGUGUUUACCAACUCCAGUCCCCCAACAGUACACAUUUACAUUGUAGCCCCGGACAAGCACACCUCAUUCAACUCAGAGGGCUUGAUGAUUAGUUG